AAAAAAAAAACGGUAAUUGCAUUUUGAUGGGCCGAACCGGAAUUCAUCAAUUUAUGGAGCCGGUACUCCGCCGUGAACUGAUCGACAUCGACCAUGAGUCAUAUGGUUCGGGCUCUCCGGCAAUGGCCGAUGUUGCAGAAACAUUAUUGCGGUUGCGCCGUACGUCAUCUUUUUCCCUCAUGUCUGCCGUGGGUGCCCAAAAGAACCGACUCUCGUAGACUAUCUUUAGCUACAGUUCAUUCUGCUCGUCGCGAAGUCCAAGAAUCAAAAGGACUCAGAUUGCCCAAAGCUCCAGCACCGGCCAAAUCUCAAGAAGAUGAGAGCGUUAAUGAUGAUUCCGAUGUUAGAAAAAGCCGCAACCAGCUUAAACGGGAAGCUCGACGAGCCGUCCAAUGGGGCAUGGAUCUCGCGGCCUUCUCCAUUCCUCAAAUUAAACGCAUCCUUAGCGUGACGUCCCUCGAGAAAGAUAUCUUCGACGCAAUAAUGCUUGUGAAGAGGCUUGGGAGUGAUGUCAGAGAAGGAAAACGAAGGCAGUUCAAUUACAUUGGAAAACUGCUGAGGGAUGCUCAACCUGACACUGAACUAAUGGACAUUUUAAUACAGGCCACAAAAGUGGGUGACCAUAAGAUACUACAGAAAUUGUGUGCUUCAGUAGAUGAUCAAGUUUCAAAAUCUGUAUAUGAGGAGGAGGAAGAAGAGGGUCCGCAUGUGGAGAUUGCUACAAGAUGGCUUGACGGGUUAAUCAGUAAGGACAAUAACAUUACAAAUGAAAUUUAUUCGCUACAAACUGUCGAAUUCGACCGUCAGGAGCUGCGGAGACUUGUUCGAAAAGUACGUAUGAUUGAAAAACAGAAAGCUGCAAUUGAAGAGAAUGGGGAUGAAGUCAAUAUGACGAUAACAAAUGCCAGAAAGCCCCUUGCUCAUUUCCUUUGUAGAAUUGCAAAACAGUUGCCCUCCUAUGAGCUCUAGACGAUCGCGAACCUGCUGUUAACUCAAACCGGACAAAAGGGUAUGCGAAAUUUGAAUAGAAUUACUCUUGGACAUCGUGUGAAUGGUGGGAAGAAAACAACACCCACCUAAAUGAUGGUCCAGUCCACCGAAGAAGACAACUUCCUGAUAAAGAGGGAUUUGUGCUUGGGUUGUCCUGUAAGUUAAUUUGUUCGUUUUUGUGAUAUUAAUUUAUUAGAUGAUGAAUUGAAUGAAAAUAUGAUUGAAAUAUAAAAAAAAUACCCUUGAAUUUUGUUCCUUGUUUAAAAAA